AUGCGCAAGUUCUUUAAUCAAACUAGGGGCAAGCUUUAGGUAGGUAAAACAGUCUAGAACAUUAAUGAGAAUUCCUAUCGAAAUGAUAAUCAGCUGAAUUAAUCAGCCAAUCACUCUCACGUGCCUAGUAACUCAGGUCUUUAUCAACAAAUAAGAAGUAAAAAUAACAAUUCAGUACUUGUUCAAAGCUAAUAGAAUGGUUUAAUACAGUAUAGCAUUAACAAUAAUAACAAUGCACACUAAUCUCAGAUAUAGAUUAAGGAUUAUAGAGCUUCAGUGGAUAAUGUUUUAAGUCAAAAUAAUAAUAAUAACAUCAUUUAGCAGUCUAAUCCUGGAAAUGGACUUAAUAUAUCUUAGGAUUCAAAUAGGAAAUCAGCUCUGAUAAGGUAUCAAUAGCAGUUUAGUUCUUAGAAACGAUCAUCAAUCAAAGCUGAGUCCUCUGGGAAGAACAGUAUUAAAAAUAACGGAGGAUCAAAAGGGGAUUCAUUUUUUAGUUCAAGGGUAAAUGCUAGUAUGGGAGCAAGCAAGGAUAAUCUUAAAUAAGUUAUUAAGAUUUACAAAGAGGGGCUAAGAGCUGAUGGAGAGGUAAGCAACACAAAUGGAUAUCAGUCGAAUAGAAUAUCAUAAAAUGCCAAGGACUCAAAUUCUAAGGGUUCAUUGAUUUCUAAUGUAAGAAAUAUGAGUGUUCCUCGAGCUGCAAAUUAGCCUUCCAAGUUCAUGAUCUCAAGUUAAGAUUACUCUGGAAUUGCUGGUAACAUCAAUAAUAACAAUGCUUAUUAUUCAACAGACAAGACUAAUGUGAAAGACAAAGGCCAGUUGAAUAGAAACGAGGCUUUAAACAGUUCUAUUGGUAAUAUGAAGCUUACAGAUGCCUAUGGAUUGAAUGAGACUGAGGACUACUCUAGAUCUAAGUUUACCGAAACUACACCAAUGACUCAAAAUGGGGUGAUGAACUCAAACACUAAGCAUCAUUCAAUUCUCUAGGGAACUCUUAGGCAUUGUAACUGUCCUUGCAACUGCCAAAGUAAUUAGUAGGAUACUUAGUCUUAAACUACUAAUAAUCACAACAUGAUGAGCAUCCUAAGUGGAAAUAAUAAAAAGAAUAACUAUAAUAUCAAUAAUACAAUGACAUUAAGGAUUGGUCAUGCCUUAAAUACUACAACAGGGCAUUAAACAACAACAGUAAUGAUAGAUGAGCCGAAUGUUGAAGCAACAAAUAUCGAGGACAUGCAUAUAUUGCUAGUUAAUGUUGAAAAAAUAAAACGCAAAAUGCUUGGUAAGACCGAGGGAUAGCUAGAUCCAGUCAUAGAUUACAGAGCUUAGCUUAAGUAUUAGUAAGAUAUUGAAGAAUAAAAUUAGUAAAAAGGGAACAAUAGAGAUGAUUUUAGCAUAGAACUGCAUAAUACAUCUGGUCUUAAUGUAAUAAUUUACGAAUGA